CAGCGUUAUUCUUGAGUAUAUUAUAAAAUUUAUUUUAAACGUGUGCGCAAUGUAUUUAUUUAUUUAUUCAUUUCAUUCUUCCUCCCCCCCUCGCAGAAUGACGUGGUCACUCCGCAACAGAUGUUUAGCAAAUUUUGGUAGCGAACAUGUGGAAAAAAGAUGCGGAAAGAGUGGGGCAAAUAAAAAACUUGAAAAACCAAAUGGAAAUCAAAAUAAAAUCGGAUUCCAGGCACGAAGUAGUAACGCGAGGAUUGCAUUAUACGGAGAACUAGAAUGUCUCAUGUUACGUAAUUGUGUGUACGGAGAUACUUUCGAUGUUUAUAUGUGUUUUUUUUUUCUAAACUUUGGCCUUUGGGGAGCAAAAUUGAAAAUUGAACAAUCUUUUUUUCUAAUCAAAUUGACAGCGGUCGAAGGAAUCGUACGUUAAACCGAGUGAAUGCGAAAUGAAACAAUUUUGCGAGGAGAAAAGCCGGUAAAAAUUAUCUGAACGUUUCAGAUACUCGAAAGGCGUAACGCGUGUUAAAUGUUACGCACACGUAUCUAGAUGGUAAUGGCAGAUAAUUUAUCUGGAAUUUAUUGAUCGCGUGUUUAGAACAGAAGUAGCAGCUGCGGUAGCACAGGGUUUUAGUGUUGUGACAGUAACGAUGGAACAACCGUAGAGAAAAGUUCGUCUGACGAAAGUUUUGUUGGAAUUCACCUUCCGUGCGCCCCGAUCUUAUCAAUUUUAAUAAAUUUUCGGUUCCUUUUUUAUACGAAGUAAAAAUAUAUAAUCUUGAAAAAGAAAGUUGACGUUCGUGAUAUUCGCUUGCGAUUCAGCACGGGGUCGUUAAUUAUGUUUAUUUGAUUUUCUUUAUUUUUUAACAACGCGCACCGAAUGAAAAAAAGUAAAAAUAAUUUCGUUACAUAAGGUGGAUCGUAUCGUGUGUAUGUACUUUAUAUUUUUACACAUGUGACACCGACGAUGCAGAUAAUGACGAGGACGAGAGUUUGCUGUGGUACGAAAGUUUUGUGCGUUUAAAAAAUCCACAGUGUGUAAAAUAAUAUACCAAAGAAUAAUUAUGUUACGGAUGACGUUCAAAUUUUAUUGUGAGAAAAGAAACGUGAUUAGAUAAGAAUAAAGAGGAGCAAGAGAUAGCGGUAUGAAAAGUAAGUGGGAAUGAAGACGACGAAGAGAAAAAGAGAAUCUAUCCAGUUGAAUAAAUAAGAGAGAAAGAAAAAUAAAUAAAAGUAAUAAAAAUAUGCGGGUUAUAAUAAUGGCAGACUGAUUUUACAAGUAUAAAGCGUUGGACUUCAACGACUUUGGUUUACCCGCCAAGCGAUACUAUGUGCUUUAUAAUCAAUUCAAUUGAAUAAUAAAUCGAGGGUCACAUAAAAGAGUUCAAUCGCAAUGUCCCUCCCGAACUUUAUGGAGAUGGUAGAUGAGGUUGAACAAGCAUGGCAUGAAAUGCUUGAGUGUGAGACUGGUUCGCUGGUCGGCAGGGUAACUGAUCUCGAAAGACAAUCCCUGGCACAGAGAGACGAGAUCGUUUGUCUGAGAGCUACUUUGGCAGAUGCCUUACGCAGGAUAGCGCAAUUGGAAGGGCGAGACAGACGAGAAGAUGACAGAAUUGAUAGAAGAGCCGAUCGCAGUUUAUCCUCGCCUAUUAGGAACGGUCAUGUACCGCAGAGAAGCAGCCCAGCUGCCGGUUCGCAAAAAGAUCUUCGGCUGAGGCAAUCCAGUGUCACAUCUUACAGGCACUCCAGCGGUUCGAGUCUGGAUAUCAGAGAUUCUGCUGCGAGUCCUAGACGGCCAUCGAGUUAUACCCCUCCGUCACAGCUCCCUCAAAGGAGAUCCGUCCAUUAUCAGUCCACCGGUUCCCUCCACUCGGAUAGUCCAAGCAGCAGUAGUGUCUCACCUGUACCUUCGCCGAGUCCCAGAGCAACUCCAUUGCCCGUUUCAAGAUCACUAUCGACUAAAAUAAUCGGGCCACCACAGAGUAGUAGUCUUCGUCGUGCAAAAAGAUGGUCGUCGACAGGAGAUUUCAUCCAUCCGCCACCAUCACCAGGAGGUACGACGCAGCUUACCAGUCCCAGAUUAUCGACAUCGACCAAGUCCUUAUUCAAUCUCUUCAAGCCUUCUGCGUUGAGCAACGUCAAACAUGGCACCCGAAGUAUGCAGUACAAUGAAGAGGAGGGUACGAUCACCAUGUAUCUGCGGGGUCGACCUGUACUCCUAUUUCCACCGACACCAUUCAUGGAGUCGUACGAUUUACACAAAGUUUCGACACCUCCGCAAAGCAAAUUAAAAUUGGAUUGGGUUUACGGAUACAGAGGGAGAGAUUGUAGAAGUAACUUACAUCUCUUACCCACCGGUGAAAUAGUUUAUUUCGUAGCCGCCGUAGUUGUCCUUUAUAAUCCUGAAGAACACAGCCAAAGGCACUACAUCGGACACACAGAUGACGUCAAAUGCAUAGCUAUACACCCCAACAAGUUGUUGGUAGCCACUGGACAAGUUUCAGGAACUGACAGAAGAGAUGCUCUUCCACACAUAAGGAUAUGGAAUUCGGUGAGUUUGACUACUAAUCACAUUAUCGGGACCGGAGAGUUUGACGGAUCAAUUUGCUGUCUUUCAUUUUCAAAAGCUGACGGCGGUAAUUUAUUAUGUGCGAUCGACGAGACGUCAGAUCACAACAUAUCGAUUUGGGAUUGGCAGAAGGGUGACCGCGGCAUGAAACUCACGGAGACAAAGUGCUCCGUGGACACGGUAGUCUGUGCCGAAUGGCAUCCUUUGGAGCGUAAUCAAAUAGUGACAUGCGGUAAGGCUCACAUAUCGUUCUGGUCACUCGACAACGGAGGUAUGCUUUACAAGAGAAUGGGAGUUUUUGAGAAUCGUGACAAACCUAAGUACGUUACUUGUGUGGCUUUCAAUCAAAACGGAGAUGUCCUUACCGGAGACAGCAAUGGGAAUAUUAUAGUUUGGGCCAGAGGGACGAACACCAUCUCUAGGUUGGUGAGAAAUAUGCACGAUGGAUCAAUUUUCUCGAUGUGUGUGCUAAAGGAUGGUACUGUUGUGACGGGUGGUGGAAAAGAUGGAAGAAUUUUGCAUUUCGAUGCUAGUUUGAAUUUAACUGGAGAAGAGGCACAGAUCGAAGGUCAUUUCGGAGGUAUUAGAACGGUCUCGGAAGGACGUGGUACCCAACUGCUGGUAGGAACGACCCGGAACUGCAUAUUAGUGGGUGAUUUAGAAAUGGGUUUCAAUCCAGCAGUUCUCGGACACACGGACGACGUAUGGGGCCUUGCUGCGCACCCAACAUUGCCACAAUUUGCAACGGCAGGUCACGACCGAUUGCUACAAAUGUGGGAUAGCCUCAGCCACUCCGUUGUCUGGAGCAAGGAUAUCGGGGAACAAGCACAAAGCGUCUGUUUUUCUCCAGACGGUACGGUUAUGGUCGUUGGUUGUGUGUCCGGAAAAUGUCUCGCGAUUGACAGUGAAACAAGAGAGCUAUACACUCAUCAUUCUGACGGUUCCGAACCCCUUCAAGUUGUGAGAUUUUCACCCGAUGGAUCGUUACUCGCAAUCGGUUCAAGGGACAACAGUAUUUACAUAUACCAAGUGAACGAAGAUGCUACAAAAUAUAGUCGCGUAGGGAGAUGCAUGCAAAACAGGACUCGUGGACGUAGAGUAAAAUCAAUGGGACAUUCCAGUUUCAUAACUCAUUUGGAUUGGUCGGUCGACAGCCAAUAUUUGAGAAGUAACAGCGGAGACUACGAGCUGCUCUAUUGGAACCCCGGUAUCUGUCGUCAAAUUCCAAAAUCAUCGGUUCUACGCGACGUCGAUUGGUCCACGCACAGCUGCAUAAUAAGUUUUGAAACGAUCGGAGUGUGGCCAGAGGGUGCGGAUGGCACGGACAUAAAUAAUUGCACACGUAGCGGCGAUGGGAAAUUACUUGCGACGGGUGAUGACUUUGGUAAAGUCAAGUUAUUCUCAUAUCCGGCAUGCCAACCAAAGUCUCUAUUUCACGUUUACGCUGGUCACUCGAGUCACGUGACUAACGUUUCGUUUCUUCAAGAUGAUACCAGACUAGUUUCAACGGGUGGUAACGACACCAGUGUUUUGCAAUGGGUUGUGAAUUGAUUGUAAUAAUAAUCAUUAUUAUCGCACUAUUCGGUUAUAACUGAUAUAGAUUAUGAUUUUUCAAAACAAAAGUCAUUCCGAAUAAUGUAUUAACCAUAAAUUUUCUUUAUUCUCUCUAUUUCUUUAUCUUUUUUCUUUCCUCUUGUAUAUUAAUCGAUGGAACGCUGAAUUGAAUUUAACUUCAUUCGCCCAGCGAGAAGUUCAUUGUAAGGAUAUUUUAAAUUGUACACAUAUUUACAAUUAUCUCUCAACUAGUUUUAUAGAUUGAAUCAUGAAUAUAUAAUUGAAUAUGUAUACGAUAAGGUAUGUAAAAGUGUGUGAGUCAAUUUCUAGAUAUCGUGCAGUUUAUAAUGACAAGUAUAAUUUCUUGUUCGAUUUGUCGAGCGAAAAAAAAAAAAAAAAAAAAAGAAAUCAAUUGAAAUUAAUGCAAAGGAAUAAUCACUGCGAUAUUGAAUUGAGAAGAAAAAUUAAAAAUAAAUCAAUUAAAAGCCGUCCUUAAAAAAUAAAGUUAAAAAAAAAAAAUAACUAAAUUAUGUAAUAGUAAAAGCAAACAAACAAGAGAAAAGAUGUUUCUACCAUCAUAAUAAGAGUUAGACUGAUUGCAAACUUGAGUUUCUAAAAUACAAGAUACAUAUGUGCAUCAAAAAUCUAUCAUAAAUAAUAAAAAGAUCGAAUAUGUAUACAUAAUAUAUUUAUAUAUAUAUAUACACUUCAAAUUAAUUGGUUCUUCUAUUUUCUCUCAUAAAUUACAAAUAUUCUUUCUUCUCUUUGCAAACACAUCACUUACCCGAUAGUUAGAACUACACAUUACAUUCUACAAAUGCUAAUGGUAAUAAUAAUAUUGCAGAGUAAGAACUGAUAGAAAAAGAACAAAAAAAAUU